UUUGUGGUGAGUGGCGAAGCGGCGAGGCUGGCAGGCCAGGGUGCUGGACUGGGUCAGGCGCGGCCCCGCCUCCCUCCUGGGUCCCUGCCCUGCGCGCCGUUGCUGUGGCAGCGCAGGACGCGGCUAGAACUGGGCCUGCCGCGCCUUCCACCUCUUUCUCCAAAGGCCUCCCCGGACCCCUGGCUCAGGCCCAGCCUGCGACUCCGCCAUGCCCUGGAGGAGGCGCAGGAACCGGGUGAGUGCCCUGGAGGGCGGCCGGGAGGAAGAGGCGCCACCGGAGGCUGCCGCUGUGCCUUCGGCGCUGUUAACGUCCCCGCAGCAGACGGAGGCGGCGGCCGAGCGGAUUCUGCUCCGGGGCAUCUUCGAGAUCGGGAGGGACAGCUGUGACGUGGUGCUGGGCGAGCGAGCACUGCGGUGGCGGCCCAUUCAGCCCGAGCGCCCGGCGGGUGAUUCUAAGUAUGACUUGCUAUCUAAAGAAGAAUUUAUUGAACUCAAAGACAUAUUCUCUGUGAAACUGAAACGGCGUUGUUCUGUUAAACAGCAGAGAAGUGGUACUUUAUUAGGUAUCACACUGUUCAUCUGCUUGAAAAAGGAACAAAAUAAACUAAAGAAUUCUACACUUGAUCUUAUUAAUUUAAGUGAAGACCACUGUGACAUAUGGUUUAGACAGUUCAAGAAAAUAUUGGCAGGCUUUCCAAACAGACCGAAGUCAUUAAAAAUACUCCUUAACCCCCAAAGUCAUAAAAAAGAAGCUACCCAGGUUUAUUAUGAGAAGGUUGAACCUCUGUUGAAGCUUGCAGGAAUAAAAACUGAUGUAACAAUAAUGGAAUAUGAAGGGCACGCCCUGUCACUGCUUAAGGAAUGUGAACUCCAGGGAUUUGAUGGUGGGCAUCGGAAACCAUUGUUUGCAAUACAUUGGAGUGUACAGAGAUUGUUCACUGGCAUGCAAACAUUAGAACUAAGUGUUGUCUGUGUUGGUGGAGAUGGAUCUGCUAGCGAAGUAGCCCAUGCUUUGCUUCUGAGAGCUCAGAAGAAUGCUGGGAUGGAAACAGACCGAAUCCUGACUCCUGUCAGAGCACAGCUUCCACUUGGCUUAAUACCAGCAGGAUCUACCAAUGUAUUGGCGCAUUCUCUUCAUGGAGUUCCUCAUGUGAUAACUGCAACAUUGCACAUUAUAAUGGGGCAUGUACAGCUGGUCGACGUCUGCACCUUCAGCACCGCUGGCAAGCUUCUUCGCUUUGGGUUCUCAGCCAUGUUUGGCUUUGGUGGAAGAACUUUGGCUCUGGCAGAAAAAUAUCGAUGGAUGUCCCCUAACCAACGGAGAGAUUUUGCUGUCGUUAAGGUGCUGGCAAACCUUAAGGCAGAAGACUGUGAAAUAUCAUUUUUACCAUUUAACAGCUCUGAUGAUGUGCAAGAAAGGAGGGCACAGGGAUCUCCCAAAUCUGACUGUAAUGAUCAAUGGCAAAUGAUCCAGGGUCAGUUCUUGAAUGUCAGCAUUAUGGCAAUUCCUUGCCUGUGUUCAGUGGCACCUAGAGGCUUGGCACCUAAUACCAGAUUAAAUAAUGGAAGUAUGGCUCUUAUAAUUGCCCGAAACACUUCUCGGCCAGAGUUUAUAAAACACCUGAAAAGAUAUGCCAGUGUAAAAAAUCAGUUCAGUUUUCCAUUUGUUGAGACUUACACUGUUGAGGAAGUAAAAGUUCAUCCAAGGAAUAAUACUGGUGGCUAUAAUCCAGAGGAGGAGGUGGAGGAUGAAACUGCUUCAGAAAAUUGUUUCCCUUGGAAUGUAGAUGGUGAUUUAAUGGAGGUUGCAUCAGAGGUCCAUAUUAGAUUGCAUCCAAGACUUAUCAGUCUUUAUGGAGGAAGCAUGGAAGAAAUGAUUCCAAAGUAACAUGCAAUUGUUUCUAAAAGAAAUGUACAAACUAGAAUUUUAAUAUAAAGAAAUAUGGCCAUGCUUUAAACCUGUGGUCCCCACCCUUUUUGGGACCAGUUUCAUGGAAGACAAUUUUUCCCUGGAUGGGGGAAUGGUUUCAGGAUGAACUGUUCCACCUCAGAUCAUGAGGCAUUAGAUUCUCUUAAGGAACAUGGCACUCUAGAUCCCUCACAUACCAGUUCACUAUACGGUUCACACUUCUGUGAGAAUCUAAUGCUGCUGCUGAUCUGACAGGGGGAGGAACUCAGUAAUGCUCCAUUGCUCUAACCUCCUGCUGUGUGGCCAAACAGAUAUCCUAAUAGAAAUUGCUAUUGUUGAUGUUACUAACAAUUAGCUUCUAGGGCUUUAAAAGUCAAGAUGAAAUAUCAAUUCAAAUUCUGGUUUUUUACAAUGUGUUUAUUGGACACACAAAAAACUUUGCACCCAUCAUAAUACAUCAAUAUUUAACCUAGAUAAUUCCUUUAACCUAGAUAAUUCCGUAAUUUGGAUUCUUUCAUUUUUCAGGAUUUGAGCUUAUCAAUUAUGUUAAAUUUCCUAUAUUCUGUUACAAACAUAAUACAGAUUUCGUAAGUCUGCGUUGAUUUACCGCUCCCUAAUCCAGAGCGGUUAAAUUUCAAAAUCACAUAGUUAUAUAGACUACCUGCCAAAAAAGAAUAACCCAUUCCUGUCUUCUUAAAGUGGUAGGGUUUUAAAAUUCAUCAUACAAGUAACAAAGUUGAUAACAAAUACUAUUUUGAACUGGGCAAAAUCUAGCCCAAUAUGUAAGUAUCUGAGAGGCCUGUGUUGGACAAUCAUAGUACUCUGCUUUCACCUGAAAUAUAUAGUUGUUUCUGAGUGGGAAAGAACCAAAUUUAAAUUUCCUUAGAGACCAUCCUGGAGAAGACAGUUUUAAAUCGGGGCUUGAUUUUUUCAUCUAUGAUCCUAGAUGUUCUCCUGAAAGAACAACUAGCCUGUUUAUAAUGAUUGAUACAAAGUUUUUUUUAAAAACACAUAAAUGUCAUAAAGUUUAUUCCUUGUAUACACACUCUGGGUUCAGGAGGUUUUGUGCUUGCGUUUCACUACUCAAAUGCCUUCACAAAUCUCAUAACAUUCCUCACCAUCACUGCAGGCCUGUGAACAGAUAACUUUCAUCAGUUAGGAUGGCUGGCUAGUGGCAGGGACUUCAUAUAAAGAAAUCUUUUCCAGAAUUGUUUUUCCAAAUUGCCUUCUACAAAUUGCCUUCCAAUUUGAUCACUUCCUAUAACAUGUUCAAAUUAUGAAGACAGAGUCAGAUAAAAUUAUAUUCUGCAAUUAUCUAGAUCAUAAGCAUAAAAUAAAUAUUACAAAAAUGAUUGUAUUUAAAGAAAUUAUUUAAAAUCCAGUAAGUCAUUUAAAAUAGAACCUCAUAUAGUAUGAACUAUAAAAAUAUUUUACCUGUCACUUAACAUUUCAUGAAAAUUUUGAUGUCUCAUUUAUAUUCACUGUACACAAAUUGAAUCAAUAUCGUUCAGCUAAACUUUUGAAUUUUGUUUCUUCAUUUCCAUGUAAGGGAACACUUAUAUUUGUAAAGAGUAACAAAGAAUUACAUCCAAGCAAAUAUUUGUGUGAUAGUCAGUCAAUAUUUUACAUAGUACAUAAUACCUAUGAAGUAUAGGCCCCCUAGUCUUUGCACAGCUUUGAUUUUAAAGUUAUUAGUGAGGUAUGGUUUCUGUAUUUUUUAAAUCAGUGUAUAUCAGGUAAAGUGCAACACUCACAAUCCUUUGUUUCAGAAUAUAAAUUCGAAUAUUUUAUAACUAAAGAUUUGAAGAUGGUUCUUAACUAUUUACUCCUGGGUAUGCUUGAUAAAGGUAUGUUAUAGGAAGAAUAGGAAGAAUGGUAAAUGUAUACCUACAUAAAAACACGUGUAUAUACAGAAAGAUGGGGAAAUCCAUAGCUGUAUAAAAAAAUAAUUAUCCGGAAGUCAUUUCACUAAGCUCAAACCAGUGUAUAUGUUCAGUCUGAAGUUUGCCAAUUAGGCCUAUAAUAUUCAUAGUCUGCUGAAAAAAAAAAAUGGCUGUUAGAACAAAGCCCAUAGGAAAUGUAUUAUAAAUAAAGGGCUUUAAAGUGAUAAUGGUCCACUUCUACUCAUUAGAAAAUUUGGGAACAGCUCUCUA